AUGUCUCAGAAGAGCAGGAACCGGCAGGCCCGUGGCGGGGAGGAGAUCAGCGGGGAUGCAGCGAGGCCUGGAGCUGCCGCAGCACCCCGGGGCCAGCUGAAAGGCAAACGCAAGAUCCUGGCAGAGCCCAGUGGGGCGGAGGUGUUGACCGUGGAGAAGAGGAGGAAGGAAGGGGAGGUGGCAGAGGGGGGAGGAGCUGGGAGCCUGGGGGAAGCCGUGAGGCAGGCGAGGCUGCAGGUUGCCCCCUCUGUGCAGGACUUCAAGUACAACAAGAAGCGAGUGCGCCUGGUCUCGCAGGGCUCCGACCUCAAGGAUGCCGCCCAGGGCGUUGUGUACUGGAUGUCUCGAGAUCAGAGGGUGCAAGAUAACUGGGCUUUCCUGUACGCCCAGCGCCUGGCCCUGAAGCAGCAGCUCCCUCUGCACGUCUGCUUCUGCCUGGUGCCCAAGUUCCUGGAGGCCACCAUCCGUCACUUCGGCUUCAUGCUGAAAGGCCUGCAAGAAGUGGCCGAGGAGUGCCAGGAGCUGGACAUCCCCUUCCACCUGCUCAUCGGCUUUGCCAAGGACGUGCUGCCUGCCUUCGUGACGGGCCGUGGCCUCGGCGGAGUGGUGACAGACUUCUCCCCGCUCCGCGUCCCCAUGCAGUGGGUGGAAGACGUCAAGGAGAGGCUCCCGGGAGAUGUGCCGUUUGUACAGGUUGAUGCUCACAACAUUGUCCCGUGCUGGGUUGCCUCAGACAAGCAGGAGUACGGAGCCAGGACAAUUCGACGGAAGAUCCAUGAUCAGCUCUCGGAGUUCCUCACGGAAUUCCCUCCCGUCAUCAAGCACCCGUACCCGUCCACAGCCCCGGCAGAGCCCAUAGACUGGAACGCCUGCCGCGCCAGCCUGCAGGUGGACUGCUCGGUGAAGGAGGUGACGUGGGCGACGCCGGGGACGGCCGCGGGGCUGGCCGUGCUGGAGUCAUUCAUAGGUGAGCGGCUGAAAUCCUUCGGCACCGACCGGAACAACCCGAACAGGGCAGCGCUCAGCAACCUCUCGCCGUGGUUCCACUUCGGCCAGGUCUCCGUCCAGCGGGCCAUCCUGGAGGUGCAGAAAUACCGCAGUAAAUACAAGGAGUCGGUGGAUGGGUUCAUCGAGGAGGCUGUGAUCCGCAGGGAGCUGGCCGACAACUUCUGCUACUACAACAGGAACUACGACAAGGUGGAAGGUGCGUACGUCUGGGCCAAAACCAGCCUGAAGCUUCACGCCCAGGACAAGAGGUCUCACCUCUACGAGCUGAAGCAGCUGGAGGAGGGGAAGACGCACGACCCGCUCUGGAACGCUGCCCAGCUCCAGAUGGUUCACGAGGGGAAGAUGCACGGGUUCCUACGCAUGUACUGGGCCAAGAAAAUCCUGGAGUGGACCCGCUCCCCCGAGGAGGCCCUGGAGUUCACCAUCUACCUCAAUGAUCGCUAUGAGCUGGAUGGCCGGGAUCCCAGUGGCUACGUAGGCUGCAUGUGGUCCAUCUGCGGGAUCCACGACCAGGGCUGGGCCGAGCGGGCCGUGUUCGGGAAGAUCCGCUACAUGAACUACGCCGGCUGCAAGAGGAAAUUCGACGUGGGGCAGUUUGAGCGCAGAUACGAUCCCCGCAAACUGGGCCAGUAG